AUGACGUCCAGCCCUGCCUGCCACGCCCAGGCAUCCAGCCAUGCCUGCGACCACCAAGCUUCCAGCUUUGCAUGCCAUUCCCAGGUUUCCAGCCCUGCCUGCCACGCCCAGGCUUCCAGUUCUGCCUGCCACGCACAGGUUUCCAGCUUUGCCUGCCACGCCCAGGCUUCCAGCUACGCCCAGGUUUCCAGCACUGCAUGUGAUAUCCAGGCUUUAAGUCCUGCCUGCCAUGCCCAUGUUUCCUGCUUUGUCGGCCACGCCUACGCUUCCAGCCCUGCCUGCGACAUCCAGGCUUCUAGCCAUGCCUGCCAUGCCAAGGUUUCCAGCACUGCCUGCGAUACCCAGGCUUCCAGCUUUGCCUGCCACGCCCAGGUUUCCAGCACUGCAUGCGACAUCCAGGCUUCAAGUCCUGCCUGCCAUGCCCAUGUUUCCAGCUUUGCCGGCCACGCCCACUCUUCCAGCCCGGCCUGCGACAUCCAGGCUUCUAGCCAUGCCUGCCAUGCCAAGGUUUCCAGCACUGCCUGCGAUACCCAGGCUUCCAGCUUUGCCUGCCACGCCCAGGCUUCCAGUCCUGUUUGCGACAUCCAGGCUUCCAGCCCUUCAUAG